CCCAACGGAGCAGACAUGGGCACAGCAAUGGUGGCCAGGCUGGGGCUGGGGCUGUUGCUUUUGGCACUGCUCCUACCCACGCAGAUUUAUUCAAACCAAACAGUUGUGCCAUUUUCAACUAACUCCUCCCAGAGUACCACUGCUGUCCCCACUUCAACCAUCACUACCACCAGGGGAGGCGGCAGUGCCCUGCAGUCCACAGCUGGUCUCGUGGUUUCGCUCUCUCUUCCACAUCUCUACUGUUAGAGACUCAGGCCAAGCAACAUCUCUACUUCCCCAUCUUCUCCACCCAACCCAAAUGGCAACUACAAGUCCAAUGUGGCAAGGAAGAAAAAGGUCUGCAUCAAAUCAACUGAUUCCACGGCUUAUUUUCUGGACACAGAAAGGGUUGAGGGUUCCAAACCUGACUCAUUUGAAGAACAUGUGAAGGCUUUGACAGAGGAUGAAUGCCAAUAUUGAAUCUGCUGGAGUUUCAUGUAUCAGAUGAUGAGAGAUAACAUCCAAAGUUGAGAUGAUUUCCUCAAGUGUGGCUUAAGAAACAGGAACCCUUAAGUCUGUCUUGAAAACAACCCUAGGGUUUUGUCUAGAGAUAAGAAUGGAAUAUGGAGAUACCAUUUUAAUUUUUUGGCUCAUUAAAUCAAUUACCUAGACCAUACAACAAUUAGAUAAUAUGGAAGGCUUCCAUGAUACUAUUCAUAUGUACACUAGCAGGAACUACCAGGUGUUAUGAAAA